AUGGAAAAAGUUUCAUUCCUUUUGUCCAUUGCACUGUUGAUACACUGUUGUUCUAUGCUUUGUUUGGCUAGGUCUGACAAAAACUUGAAUACAGAUCAAUCUGCUCUUCUUGCCUUUAGAGCCCACAUCAAUUCUGACCCUGAAGAUGUUUUGGCCAAAAAUUGGUCUUCCACUACCUCUGUGUUCAAUUGGAUUGGUGUGUCUUGUGGUCUCACCCACCAAAGGGUCACAGCCUUGAAUCUUUAUGAUAUGGGACUCAAAGGUACCAUAACACCACAUCUUGGAAAUCUUUCAUUUCUCACAUCACUUGACAUCAGUCGCAACAAUUUCAACGACUAUAUUCCCAAAGAGAUUGGCAAACUUUCUAGAUUGAAAGUAUUAAACCUGAGUUUUAACAAGCUCACGGGCUUCAUACCAUCUAGUAUAUUCAACAAUUCUUCUUUGGAAAUGAUUGUUCUUACAAAUAAUAGCCUAUCUGGAAGCCUACCGGUAGACAUAUGUAGCCAUCUUCCUGAACUUGAAUUACUUUAUCUUUCUCUGAAUCAGUUUAACGGGCAAAUUCCAUCCAAUUUAUACAGAUGCAGGAAACUCCAAGUUCUAUCAUUGUCAUUCAAUGAAUUCAAUGGCAGCAUACUGAGAGAAAUUGAAAAUCUGACUAUGCUCAAGGAGUUGUAUCUUACAAAAAACAGCUUGGAAGAUAUGAUUUCAAUAUCAGGUCUAAGUCGAGAGAACUUUUGA